AUGGCUCAGUCUCAGCCUCAGCCUCAGCCUCAGCCGGAUCCAUCCAAUCCCGUCCCUCCAAACCCAUCGCACUCCGAUAAUGCGGAUCCAGUCACCGAUCACCGCUCCACCGACUCUUCUACCCAUCCCAAGCUUAACCCUAGCGACGUUGUUCCGCCGCCGGUGCCGGAGGAUUGGACUACCGUCCCCAUGGGCUCCCAACCCCAACAUCCACAUCCGCCUCCACCUCAAACUCAGCCGAACAGCGAGGCUCGUGCUCCGAUCUCUGAGGGAAAUGCCACUACUCUGCCGAAUGAUGCGAAUCCGUAUGUUUCUGCAGCUCCGGCCCAGGGAAAUCCUUCUUCUGCUAAGA